UUCACACGUGUUCCUUCGCAUUCGGCGUCCGGACUGGCCACAGCGCAGACGAGAGAGCGUCUUUUAGUUCCGUUUACUUUCAACUUGUUGCGUUUAAAUCUUACGUGCUUUCCCCGGUGGCGCGCUUUAGCAGUCGACUGUAGUCGUUACAGACGCCGGCGAUUUUUCUUUAAGUGAUUGUUUGCCGUUCGCUUACUUUGUCGUCAACUUGUUUGCAGCCAGCUAGCACUCGAGGUUGCAACGUAGGAGUGUGUUUACUGAAGAAGGAAAACUCUGAAGAAGGAUUACGACGCGGGAAUGGGCCAGGAGGAACUCGAGCUGUAAGAGCUCCGAAGGUGAAUGAAUGAGUUGAAGAAGGAAAGCCAGUUAUUCGUGCAGCUGAGACCCGAGAAAAUUAUGCCCAAUGUGCGUGCGCCGAGGGAGCCUGGCCAGCUUGGCGGACAGGGAGAGCCUCAAGUUCGCGGACGCUGAUUCUGUAUACGAGGCCCUCCUCCUCUCCCUCGACCCAGCGCCCCCUGUCGACCACAACAGACUCUCACCCAGGCAUGCUCUUCUGCACAGAACUGCUCUCAGCAACGUCCAGGACUUUGUGGAGACAACGAUCGUACUCCGGAAGGAGAAGAACGAACUCGGCAUCAGCGUCACCGGAGGCAGCGAUACGUACUUGGAAGCUGUUUGCGUAAGUGAAGUUCACAAAGGUGGCGUCGCUUACCAGGACGGCAGGCUCAAGAAAGGGGAUGUCAUCCUGGCGGUGAACGAACUGUCGCUGCGUGACGUGUGCUGGACGGACGCCGUGCGCGCACUCAGGGAAGCCCCGUCGCCCGUCAGACUGAUGGUGCUACGGGAAAAUCCGCAGACCCUGUUCACUACGAACGAAAAACCUUCCAAGUUCAUCACCGUUGAAAUGCGCAAGUCGAGUAUUAAAGAUCAAAUGGGAAUCUCCUUCAUUCAAAGGACCAAUGGGCGAGGAGUCUUCAUCACUUACAUCCAACCUGGAAGCAUCGCCGCGAGGCACGGCAGGAGAAUUAUGCAGGGGGACCAGAUAUUAGAAAUCAACGGCCAAAACGUCCGAGAGAGCAACCAGAAAGACGUCGCACAAAUGAUCUUGAAUCUGGACGGAGCCAUCGUGUUGUUGCUGGGCCGUGUGCCGAGUCUGUCUGCGACUAUCCAAGAAUGGGCGAGGAAGAAGGCGCAGCAGUCUCUGCGCACGCGCACAUCCACGUGGUCUUCUUAUACAGGAAAUAACAAAGAAAAACUGCAGAUCCAAAGGCCCAGUCUCCCGUUGAGCAACGAAAGCUACGUGGUGAGCCUGGGCAACUGCGUUACGUCCAUGUUGGUCGCCACCAGCUCCCCCAGCGGACAAGGCAGUAGGUCACGCGAUGUGAGUCCCAGCUCUUCUAUACGCCGGUCUCGGCUGAGCAUAGUGGCGGAAGACACCAAACUCAGCAACCCUGGCAAAAGAAGAAAAUCCAUAGACGAAGCCAUGCCAAACAAUCCGCUCGUACCAAGCAUCAAGGUCACCAGUUUCUGAUCCCAUCAACGAGGAUGUGAUCGGUCACGUGGUUUGUGAACAUAGCUCUGACCGAAGACGAAGUGGGUACAGCAGAAUAAGGUUCAUCGUGACACUAUGGUUGUCUUAGAAGGUACCCUAAUGAGUCAACAGCAGCUCUGAUAUAAGGGCUGUACGUUAUUUUUUCUAAAUAUCAACAGCGUUAUAUUGUUACCACGGAAACACCAAUCAGAGACGUGAAUGUGGUAAUGGACGUAAUGCGUGACCCUUAUCGGAGCUCCGGCAUCACGAUAAGGGCGGUGUGCCUUUUUAGGUCAGAUUUCCAGACAUAGACAAAGGUACAGCAAGCAUCUCGAAAAAGAUAAUACUGUCUGCCAAGCAGUAAAUUGUUAUAUUUAACGCUGAUAGUGUUGUUGCGUCUAGAUUAUCACAAUUAUUUUUUUCCCCUUUUAGUUUUUGAAUGGUAACACCAACAUGGCGAAAACCGCAAUGAGACCGGCAGUGCUGCCCUCCAGUCCCCCUCCUGUGGAUACUCGAUACAGGGUAUAUAGGUAGGGAGUGACUUUUUUGGGUUACAUGCCUUUCUCAGAUUCGGGGGGUAAAAAUCGGGCGCUAUUUUUAAAUCUGUAAUUCGGGGAGAAAUCGGGCUAUAAUUGUGUCUUCAGGUGUUAUCGGGUGUUCUUUUUUGUUUCUCCUCUUGUCUACAAAGGCCUUUCCUAAUUCCUUUUUUUUUUUAUCAGCUCUACACUCUUAAAAAUGAACUUCACCACAUAGCACGCUC